AUGAUCGCAUUGCUCUUGCUAUUCCUUGGAGUUGCUAAUGGUGAGAUUGAUCUGUGUUGGAGAAGGAUUACUGAUCCUCACAAGCCCAACUCCUUCACAGUUGCACGGGCACAAGUAUCCCUUGCUGAAUUGGUCGACGCCGAAUACCUUUUCGAAGAACCUAGCGCGAAAGGCCUAGUAAUUGGAACAGGUGCACAGGGCACGACGUACCUCGUCUCCGGCACAUUUUAUGGUUUUGACACAGGUUAUACCUUAACGGUGGCCCAGGACGCGACGCACAUCUCUAAAGGCGGCGAUGCUGUUGACGGGUCCAUCACGUUAUCGUACGAAGUUCAAUGCGGAAUUAACAACGUCGACAUGAUCUGCACAGAGCGUCUCGGUGUAGGAGUUGAAACUACUACUCAAGAUCUAAGCUAUACCGGGAUUAUCGUGAGCACAGCUGGUGCUACUCCUGGAAGCUUGCCACAAAGUACAGUAACGGCGUCAAGUCGGACAACGACCCGUUCGGCAAUAACAACUGCCACUUUUCCCGAGCCCACUGAAGCCUCAGGAGGCGAUUUGCCUUCGUCUGGAGACGUUCCGAUUCCCGGCCUCGGUGGAUUACCCAGCGCGAGUUCCCUAAGAUAUAGCAUCCCUGGAAUAACUUUGGCGAUACCCUUCGCAGUGGCACUGCUGAGCAGAAUUUGA